AUGCAACACACCACAACCCGAACUCAGAUUGCAGCGGAGGAGGGCGAUGCGGGCAUGCUCGGGCUGCUGCUAGGUAAUGGAGCCCGGACCCAAAACAGCAGAGCUGUGUGCAACGCAGCGGCCAAGGGUCAUCUCGACGUCGUGCGACUCCUCAUCCACCACGGCUGCUUUCACUUGAGUGACAAGAAGUCUCGACCCCUUCAGCCCGCGGUGCGCUCGGGCAACGUUGAAGUGGUGCGCCUGCUGCUGGAGCACGGAGCCAAGCCCCGGGUUCAUCAUGUGCGAGACGCCCUGCGUUCAGUUAAACCUUCGAUGGAAAUGUUGAGUCUGCUGGCGCCCGGCAUUGGCUCGCGCAUCGACGCCGCCCAGUCGUUCGACUUGCUGACCUCGCCGGGCGCAUCGAGCGGAGGCGAAGAGGUGUGCCGCCUCCUGGUCAACCGCGGGGUCGACAUCAACGCCCAGACCCAAGUGCCGCCCGACCCCAGACCCCAAACGCCUCUCCACUUUGCUGUGAUGACGAACGACAUGGGGCUCGCGCGGAGCCUGCUUGCGUGCGGUGCCGCGGCGGAUGUUAGGCCGAGGGACAACAAAAUGACCGCGCUCGGCCUGGCUCGCCAGCUCGGCCGCCACGAGAUCGCGCAGGUGAUCGUCAAGCACCAGCUGGCGACCAGGCCCGCAAAGGCCACAGGCCUGCUGGACCUCACCGCGACCGAGACCGCGACCACCAGCGGCAAGCGGAAGAGCAGAGGAGAGGACGAUGACGGCGACGACCACGCCAAGGAGCAGAACGUGGAGCCUUCAUCCAACAAGAAGGCCAAGAAAAAGAAAAAGAAGAAGAGAAGGAAGAAGACAAAGGCAACUUCAUGA